AUGCUGCUCUUUCGGGGGCCGGGGAUCUUAUGUGGUGUUCGGCCGCUUCGCUAUUCGUCAGUGUUCGCGCAUCGCUACCUAGCGACUAAGGCCUACGACCCUCUCCGCAUCCUCUUCUGCGGGUCCGAUGAGUUUAGCAUUGCUUCCUUGAAAGCGCUCCAUGCGGAACAUGUCUCUCGGCCGGACCGCAUCGCCUCCAUUGAUGUCGUUUGUAGGCCUGGUAAAAGGGUCGGGCGAGGGUUAAAGAAGAUACAGGAAGUCCCCAUCAAAGCAGUCGCACAAGACUUAUCGCUUCCCGUCCACGAGAUUGAUACUUUCCGAGGCUGGACGCCCCCUGUUCUGCCAGCAGGUCCCAUCAAUCUGAUCGUCGCCGUCUCCUUUGGACUAUUCGUGCCACCUCGAAUCAUCAACGGCGCCAAAUACGGAGGGCUCAAUGUGCAUCCCUCUCUACUUCCCGACUUUCGUGGUCCCGCUCCGCUACACCACACACUCUUGAACGGUAGAACCAGGACUGGCAUCACACUGCAAACUUUACAUCUGAAGCACUUCGACCACGGUACCAUCCUGGCGCAGACUCCAGCCCCUGGAUUUGACAUACCGACCCCAGCUUCGUGUACAGUCCCGGAUUUGUUGAAUGUUGUUGCUCCGAAGGGCGCGGAAAUCCUGGUGGCGGGCAUUAGGGAGGGACUUUUCGUCCCACCCGUGAAGGAUGCGGGUUGGCGCUCUACAGUGAACGACAGCCCCCUCAUUCAUGCUACAAAAAUUGUUCCAGAAGACAGGCAUAUCGACUGGACAAAUUGGACGCUGCAUGAAAUCCAGAGAAGACACCAGGUGCUGGGUCCGCUUUGGAGCAAGUCCCUUGUCGCCCACGGCACAUCUGACGGAAAGCCCGUUUUCCAACACCGGCGCGUCAUAUUCUCUGGAUUUGAAGAAGUGGAAUUGUUGAAGGGCUGCGACCAGUUUUCGGUUGUUCCGGGCCUGCCGUUCGUAGACGGCGCCCAUCCAAUCGAAUUAGAUAAAGGAAACGGCGUGUACGUGUUCACGCGGGACCGCAAGUUGGUCAAGAUUCAUUACAUGAAGGUUGAAGGUGAAUUGAAUGCCGAUGCUCUUCGAGCCGCUCGUAAGGCUCGUAUGAUAGGCGAACGGACGUUCUAUUCAGGUGACACCGGUUAUACACCGUUUUACAACCCCCUGCAUUGA